UAUAAAGCUUCAUUAAGCGAUGCUGAAAAGCCUGCAAAGCCCGAACAAACAAACCCAAACAAACCGACCCCAAGAUCCCGGUGGAUGAAGGCUAUAAGUUCGGCUAAGAAUCCCAACAAUGCUGAUCAACAACAGUAUAAAGCCUCGUUAAACGAUGCUAAAAAGCCUGCUAAACCCCAACAAACCGACCCCAAAGUGUUGAAAUCCCUGAGGAUGAAGGCUCUAAGUCCAGCGAAGGAUCCCAACAUUGCCGCUCGUCAACAGUAUAAAGCUUCAUUAACUGAAGCUAAAAAGCCUGCUAAACAUGGUUGGGAUCAGAUUAAAAUGCUAGAUAUUCUACUGGAGGUCGAGGCGCUAGAUUCCCAACUAGACCAGUAUAUUGAUGAUGAUAACGUUAGUUCUCAUACCGCUCCAGUGCCACCCAGUGGUCGAGUCAGUUCUCUCUUCAGUAACAGAUCUACUUCUGCUUCUCAUUACAAGUCUAACAGGAUAGAAGAUAGGAUAAACCUGGAUCACAUGCAGAUGCUAAAGAAACACUUUGACGCUGCAGCAGUGGAGGGGGUGGAGGGGAGGCUGUCUAUGGACAUGUUCAUCAUGGUCAUGUCCCAACUACUCAACCUGCCUGACGAGAUGCAACCCCAGCUAAAAGCUCUGUUCAUGAAGAUCGACAGUGGAUCUCAUGGUCACAUAGCAUGGGAUGCUUUCUGUACCUAUAUGCAGCUCGAACUAACUGAAAAGGAGGAUUCCUACACCAGGGCUAGGGAGGUAUGUUUUGAGACACCAGCAGUAACAAAGACCACACCCCACCGCGACACACUACACAGGGUGUGUGUUCUACCAGACCACAGCUACGUUACAGCCAGUCAGGACGGAGUCGUGGCCUUCUGGAACCCUGCUACUCUACAAGUUAAACGAACCAGACCGAAUCCAGACGCGAACAAACCAAAACAGAAAUGGAUAACAGACUUUGCGAUGAUGACGAAUAUCAACAGAUUUAUCCUCUCUACUGGGGACAGAGAACUACAGUUCUUUGAAGCCAGCACUUUUGAGCCUUACUGUCAAAUUAGCGGUUUGGAAUCAGUUCCACUGAAGAUGAGCUUCUGGCACAAUCCUCGAAACACUGAGGAGUCAAUACUGAUGUACGGAGACAAUCAGGGUUGUGUGAAUGUGCUAGUGAUACCCAACACGACACUAGCCUUCAGAAAAUGGAAACAAGAAGCGAAAGUAGACGGAGUUCCCACUGCCAAUAUUGAAAAGGUGGCCAGUUUAGCAGACGUACGGUACGCUAGAUGGGAGGUUCACAAAGACUGGGUAGUUGAGUUGAAGUACGAGGAUCAUCUCAGAUCUAUCAUAUCCUGCUCUAACGACCCUUCCACUGGCAUCGUCAUAGGAAACGUGGUCGGCAGCACGAACGUAGAAUCUGCACUUCGUGAGAACGCGUUGAAGCGCUGCGCACAAGGAAGCAGCGCGCGCAAACGCCUCUCUGCAGAUCAAACUGUAUUCUAUGUUUACAAAGGAGUAAAAACAUUUGCGUAUAGUGAAUCGUAUAAUAUAUUAGUGACAGGAGGGAUGGACAGAUUGGUCAGGAUUUGGAAUCCUUACGUAAACACAAAACCAACAGCAUUACUCCGGGGCCACAACGGUCCUAUCUUCUACCUCUACAUAUGUGACCGGGAACAGAGGAUAUACUCUAUAUCAACUGAUAAAACAGUCAAGGUAUGGGACGCACAAGACCACAGUCAACUGUGUACAGUGGGUAUGAAGAGUCACAUGAUACAGGGCGAGAUGACAGCUGUGCUUUAUAACGAGUUUACUAAAGCCAUCGCUAUUACUACGGACUGUUUAUCUGUACUUAAUCUCCGGGAAAACAGGUACUCCCAAACAGAAGCAACACAGACACACAGAGACGCUAUACACUGCAUCAGAUAUAAUCCACACUUCAAACAGAUAGUCACUGCUUGCAACUCAAGUAUGAUAAAAGUGUGGGAUAUAGAGUCUGGCCAGCAUGUAUUCGAGUAUAAUAACGCUCACGGUAACUCAGCAGUCACCAGUAUGAUAUUCGAUAGCUCAGGACGCAGGUUAGUGACGGGCGGUAGGGACGGUUUGUUGCGGAUUUGGAACUACAAUAACGGACAAUGUCUGCGGACCCUAAAGAAGGGAAGUAAUGAGGAAGUGACCUGUGUUAUACACGUUACUGUCAGCAAAAACAAAUAUAUUGUAUGUGUCGGAUGGGAUAGAAGGAUCAACGUUUUUACGGACACAACAGAAAGUAUUCAUCACGAACAACAAGCACUUCCUCAUUGGGUGGAUGACGAGAGAAGAGGACACACGGAAGAUAUUUUAGCAGUUACAGCAAACAGUGCGACUAACCAUCUUGCUACAUCUAGCUACGAUGGCGAGAUAAUUAUCUGGAGUCUGGUAUCAGGGCACAUAUUUUGCCGACUGAAGGCCCCUCCUCCUGAUCCCAAGAAAGCGUUUGAUCCGAUGGAAGGUGACGCGGCAGUAAACACCCUAGUGUUCCUGUCAGCUAGAGGAGUAACCAGACGGGCUGCUACAUUGGUAGCUUGUGGACCUGCAGGAUACAUCCACUUCUGGAACAUCUACAAAGGUGGUAAAGUGAUGAGCUACUUCACUCCAAAUGCUGACGGGGCUAACUUAAUAGCAGUUAACGGAAACAACACCGUGCUAGCAAGUGGAGACACUGCUGGCAAUGUCAAGCUCUACAACAUUUCAGAGUACUGCACUGAAGAACCUUCUCCCCCAACAGGAAUAGAAAGAUCCCCACCUCCUCUCCUCUCCCAGUUCCGGGCUCACACCUCUACUAUAAAGUGUUUCGAGUUCGUUUCCGGGUUGGGACAGUGUGAGUUCCUGCUGUCUGGUAGUGACGAUUGCAGUGUCAGACUCUGGACUGGAAAGGGACAUUACAUUGGCACGCUAGGACAGACAACUAGAUGGGAUAUUGAUGAUCCCGCCACAUUCGCUCACCCUAGAGUACCCAGGGACGUCUUAUCAGAGCCAAUUGACAUUCCGGAUAAGGUCCGUCAGUCCAUUGACACCACACCGGAAUACAAAGACUCGAAAAACACUAAGAACGAUCUGCAUGACGUCGAUCUAGAUCUGGACUACCAGGAGCAAGAAGGUACACGACUGCGUCACAUCAAACACAAACCAGGCCCCAAGACCCACGAGGGCCCUGCUGUCUACCAUUCUCUUCCUUGUUUUGAGUUAACAGAUGUGCCCCCUAGUCGGCAGGCCCCAGUUAUUGGUUCUCUGGACCCCCUCUCCAUACUGGACGCUGUGGAGAUUGAGAGUGUAGCUUCAGAGGAUUUGACCCUGAAGCCGUUCACACCAAAACUCGGCGUCAAAACGAGAAGAUCUAGUCCCAUGACGACUAAAUUGAAAGUCCUUAAUGGGGCAAGUGCGCUGAAAAGUAAUUAUAAGUGAACUAAUGGGGUCUAACAUAUUCCUCCAUAUUUGCUUGUACAAAAUCACGCUGGAACUAAAACCCCCGUCCCCUUAUUUAUUUGUCAGAUACAAUUACAACCGUACCUUGAUGAAGGCGGCAUAAGGAAAUCUAGACAUGUGAACAACUUUUAAUACUUUGCCAACACGUAAAGAAACUACCUAGUUGGAAUCGCUAUUUUAGGUUAAACUUAACCAGUAUCAAUAUGUUCCGGUGUCCACAGUAUUUCUAAACGUGAACAGUAAUGAAUCGACUAUCCGUGUU